GUUUGGGUAAUUUAGGGGAGCUCCUCUCAAAGUAGAAAAUUGAAAUAGGGCUGGGGACACAGCCUGGUGUGAAGGUCACGAGUUCAGUUCCCAAUACAGCAAGAAAAAAGAAAAUACGAUAGAUAAAACCUGACAAAGUACCAGAAAACAAAUUGAGAAGGGCUGAUGGCACACACCUGUCAUCCCAGCACUUAGGAGGCUGAGGCAGACGGGUUGCCCUGAGUUUGAGGCCAGCUUGGGCUCCACAGUGAGUUUUACAAAAAAAUAAAAUGUUGAUGAAGAUGUGGAGCACCUGGGACUCUCUUACUUUGCUGGCAAUACUUUGAAAUAGUAGAACUACUUAGAAAAACAAUUUUUCAGUUUCUUUAAAAUUUAAGAAUAUUUGCUAUGGGCUGGAGAUUUAGCUCAGCGGCAUAAGCACUUACCUUGCAAGCAGGCAGUUGUGAGCUCGAUCCCCGGUACCGAUAAAAAGGAAAAAGACAAAAAAAAAAAAAUUAAGAAUAUUUGCUAUAAGACCAAAACGUCCUGCUCCUGGGUAGUUACCCAAUGUCAGUGAAAACACAGACACACAUUUUGUUUUGUUUUUGAUACAGAGUGCUGUGUAGUUCUGGCUGGUUUUAACUUACUCUGUCACCCAGGCUGGAGCUGAACUUUAUGUGGCCCUCCUGCCUCAGCCUCCCAAGUGCUGGGAUUACAGGAGUGACCCACACUGACCCAAUGUGCACUACUGGGGUGUGUGUGUGUGUGUGUGUGUGUGUGUGUGGUGUCGAGAGCCGACCUCACACAUGCUGGGGGGAAGUGCUCUGUUACUGAGCUGCACCCCUACCCUUCUUUUUCAAAUGAGCCGGUCCUGAGUAGCUGGGACUCCAGGCAUGAGCCACCACACCUAAAUAUGAAUUCUAUUUUUAUGUAACUGGCAAUACCUUAGCUCUGUUUACAUCCAGGCCAUCAUAGCCUUGUGAGUAACCCGGGCGUAAGUCUUUACGAUGACUUAUAAGUCAAAUGACUUAUCUAGACACACAGUAAGAAAAGUGACAAGGAUGGGAUGUGGCUCAGCAGCAGAGCCCUUGCAUGCAUAAGGCUCCAGGAAAACACACACACGCACACACACACACUAAAACAGAAUGACAGGAACCAGUCAGCGUCUCUCAAGAACCAGCUAUGCCAGAACCCGGGGACCAACCAAGAAGCAAGGAGCCAUCCUUCCUGGCCUUACAUCUGAAGCAGACCGCCAUCGUGGUUAUGGGUCCUUCUCCAGACCUGUCCCCUGAGGCCAGCUCCCUAUGGCUACUACAGCUGCUCCGGAACAUCCAACUGGCCCAGUUUUAUCGACCCAUCCUUGAAGAACUUAAUGUCACUCGGCCAGAGCAUUUCAACUUUGUACGGCCUGAAGACCUGGACAGCAUCGGCAUGGGCCGACCUGCCCAGCGCAGAUUGACUGAAGCUCUCAAGAGGCACCGAUCAGGGGUCAAGUCCAAGAAUUGGGUCUAUAAGAUCCUUGGGGGUUUUGCCCCUGAGCAAAAGGAGACCACCCCACCCUCAGACAGCCCUGCAAGCCUCCCUGAGCCCGAGAGGGGACUCAAGUGUCUGAUCCCAGAGGGUGCUGUGUGCAGAAGGGAGCUGCUGGGCUCAGGCUGCUUUGGCGUAGUACAUCGGGGACUGUGGACGCUGCCUAACGGCCAGAGCGUCCCGGUGGCUGUCAAGUCCCUCCGAGUGGGUCCGGAAGGCCCCGUAGGCACAGAGCUGGGAGACUUCCUGCGGGAGGUGUCCAUCAUGAUGAAGCUGGAGCACCCGCAUGUGCUGCGUCUGCACGGCCUGGUACUGGGCCAGCCUCUGCAGAUGGUGAUGGAGCUGGCGCCACUGGGCUCGCUGCACGCACGGCUGACGGCCCCGGCCCCGACGCCCUCGCUACCCGUGCCUCUGCUCUGCCUCUUUCUUCGGCAGCUGGCAGGGGCCAUGGCGUACCUGGGGGCCCGCGGGCUAGUGCACCGGGACCUCGCGACGCGAAACCUGCUGCUGAUGUCGCCCAGCACCAUCAAGGUGGCCGACUUUGGGCUGGUGCGGCCGCUGGGCGGCGCUCGCGGCCACUACGUCAUGGGCGGGCCCCGCCCCAUCCCGUACGCCUGGUGUGCCCCAGAGAGCCUGCGCCAGGGAGCCUUCUCCUCGGCCUCCGACGUGUGGAUGUUCGGGGUGACGCUGUGGGAGAUGUUCUCGGGGGGCGAGGAGCCCUGGGCCGGAGUCCCGCCCUACCUCAUCCUGCAGCUGCUGGAGAAGGACCGAGCCCGGCUGCCCAGGCCUCCGCUCUGCUCCAGGGCCCUCUACUCUGUCGCCUUGCGGUGCUGGGCCCCCCAUCCUUCGGACAGGCCUAACUUUUCCUACCUGGAGGAGCUGCUCCAGGAGGCCUGGCCUUCUGAGGGAUGCUGCGUGAGGGACGUCACAGAGCCAGGAGCUUUGCAGAUGGAGCCUGGCGACUCCAUCACCAUCAUUGAGGGCAGCCCUGACUCUACCAUCUGGAAGGGACAGAACGGCCGCACCUUAAAAGUGGGCAGCUUCCCAGCCUCGGCAGUGACGCUUGCAGACUCGGGGGGCUCCUCGGCUACCCGUCCAGUCCACAGAGGCUCCCCUGGAAGGGGAGAGCGAGGCCAGGGGAAUACAGACAGAGAGAAGGAAAAGCCCCGGGACCUACCUCCAGCACAGGGCCAGAGAAGGAAGGUGCCCCUGCAGAGGACGAAAGGUAUUUCCAAGAGUCUGGAAUCAGUUCUGUCCCUGGGCCCUCGCCCCACAGGGGGUGGAUCAAGUCCCCCCGAACUUCGACGUACCAGGGCUGUGCUCCUGGGACUCCAAGGCCUGCCUCCACGCCCACCCUUCACCUCCAGUUCUUCCCAGCCCAGCCAGCCCCCCAGAGAGAAGCCUCCCAGGCCCAAAAGAGAAGCCCUCCAUAAUCACCGCAGUAUUAACACAUCUGGAGCCAGUAAAGCCACUGUCCCCUCUGGAGGCCCCUUCCCCGACACGGAAUGGCAGAGGAGGAUAAGAGAGGUGGAGGGGAGUGUGCAUGGUGUCACCCACCAGGAAUGCCAGGCGGCACUAAGAGCCGCAGGCGGAGAUGUUGUUGCUGCCAUCCGAAACCUCAAGGUAGAACAGCUCUUCCACCUGAGCAGCCGGUCCAGGGCUGACUGCCAGCGCAUCCUAGAGCAUUAUCAGUGGGACCUCUCAGCUGCCAGCCGCUAUGUCCUGGCCCAGUCCUGAGCUCUUUUCCGAGGGCACAGACACCAGCAUGGAGCCCCGGGACCCCUCAAGGCCGGGCCAUAGAAGAACAAGCAGAAUCAGAGUUAAAGUCUUGAUAGGGUUAAGGUGAGACCUUCCCACCUAAGGAGAUUCCAUUUGCUAUGGAAGGUCAGGAAGUGCUCAGGGAAGCCCAGGCUUGGGCACCGAUCAGUCUCCUCCCUACCCUGUCCCCUGUCUCUGAGGGCCGAAGAACCUUUUGCUGGGACAAGAAGGAGCUAAUCCACUCUGUCAUUGCAUUAUCAACGAAGAAAACCUGAAGGAAAGUAGUUGCAGUGUAGCUUAUCAAGAGGCAGCUUCUGCCCACUGCGGUCACUGAUGAGGUGGUUACACUGGACCAUGGAACAGCCAUCCUGGGCUGCCAUUGCUACCUCACCGGACUUUGUGGGGCAGCCAUCUUAGAUGUUGGAAGCAGCCGUAUCGACUUGGGAUACGUGGCCCAAACUGCCUUGGUGUAAGCCAGGGCUGCCACAGAUGGUGAAAUUAUCAGCCUCUUGGACUGAAGGACAUUUGAUCCUCGUAACAUGGAUUAUGAGAUGGGGCAACCCCAGCCCAGCUCUCAAAGUUCCCUUUGUGUUUUCCCAUGAUUCUUUACCCUCUCCCAUUACAUACAUCUUCCAAUGUUCAAAAAGUUACAAACUUUAUGUGAAUACAACGUACAAAGAUGCA